AUGAAGAUCCAGCUUGACUCUAAGGACGAGGCAACUAGCUAUUAUCGCGAGGGUGUUAGCGACUCCGAUUUUGAUGAUCGUAUACGAUUGACCAGGCCUUCGCCGCAGGCGGGUGCAAACUGUCGGGUAUCAUGUACGGCUGCCCGCGAGAGCCUUGACAAAGAAAAGAAAAGUAUGUUUGAUAAGGCGUUGGUUCGGCAUCUACUACAAAGGAGGUCGCUCUUCGCGAAAAAGAACAUAAGGAGCGCGGCGAUCGUAAGCUAUAGGGGAGGUGAGGCGAACGACGAAGAGCUAGCAAGUUCGGAUUUAAAUAGUUCUUAUUCCGGGUCCAAGAUUCUUUCCUCAACGGAGAUGGUUCAAACAUAUGAAUCGGACAUUCUUCAGAUGUCACAGCUUCUUAGGUAUAUCAAAAAAGUCCAGGCAAGGGUAUCGUGCUAUCUUCCGACAGCACAUUUCAGAUCACAGGAUACAGCUGAAAAACGCUAG